AUGGAUCGUAACUCACAGAACCGUUCAGCCCCCCUCGAUUCAACAGGUAAAGAAGCUUCCCGUCAAUCCAUUGCUGCUUGCAUAUCGUAUUGUCACUUUAGCAAAAGCAGAUCAACAGAAACAAAACAACAAUUCAAAGACUAUUUAUUAUAUGAUGAUGAGGUAGUAUCAUGGUUACUCUUUUUGAUGGUAAAGGGAACCUAUCCAACUAUUAAAGAGAAAUCAGUACAAUUACUUUAUGUACUAUUUAUCAAAGAAGGACAACAGUUUAUCAAAUCAUUGUCUCGACCAGUAUUGGAAGCUGUCAAGAAACAACCAAUAGAGCUACUCGGUACAACUCUUACAGAUAGCUUUAGACAACAUUUAUUUGGUAUCAUUGAAUACCUUGCAAUUUAUUUAAUACCUAGAUGUAUUUGGGAUGAAUUACAACCAUCAUUGAAUAGAAUCAUUGAACAACAAGAAGAAGAAGAAAAGGAAGAAAAAGGAUCAUCAUCAUCAUCAUCAUCAUCAUCAUCAUCAUCAUCAUCAUCAUCAUUAUCAAUAUUAAAAGAAAAUACAAAAAGAUUACAAAAUCAAUUAUCUAGAAAUGACUUUAAAAAGGAGAAAAAAGAGUUGAUGGCCGAGAUGAUAGAUUCUUUUGAUUUUAUUAGAAUUGAUCCUUUUGACUUGACAGAGGAACAUAGAUCAUCAAUCCCCUUGUUGGUAUCAAUCUUUAAAGGGUUGGAUGCUAGUACAAAUGAAAGCUUUCUCAAAAAGAUUGUAGAGUAUAUGACAUGUGUCCUCAACAGAGAUACUCUACCACCAUGGAUGGAGAAAUUCUCCGUACAAAUCAUUGACACUUUGAUCGAGAUAUUCACAAGAAAUCGAAACGUGCCCCCAGGUAAAAGUAUUGUCUUUACCUGUUUAUUGGUCAUUGCAAGGGAUAAUUCCUACCUCUUCUCUGAUAGCCACAUUGAGUGCAUCAUGGCAUAUUUUUACUCAUGCCUAGCCCAAGUCGGGGAUGUGUCGUUGGAAAAGUGGACAGAUGGCAGAAACGUGACCUUGGAUAGCAGAGUUGGAGACUUUUUCAACGAUCAAAUGCAAGUCAGCGAUCCAGAUUACAAACAAGACCCAUACCUUUUAAAUGUUGUUUCAUCGUAUCGUCGAUUCGUGGAUACAAUUGGCCACGAAUGUGUAGCAGCACCCAUCUACAAUCAAUCCAACAUCCUUUUAAAUUCUCAACAGUGGAAUGAAAGAUAUUCAGCCUUGAUCAUUUUAUCCAAUUCUCUCAGUAAUAUUACUCGUAGACGUUUCCCAUUUAUUUUAAAGUCAAUAUUAAAAUGUAUAAACGAUAAAAAUAUUAGAGUUGUAUGGGCAUCUAUUCAUUGUUUAAUUCAAUUUGCUGGUCAUUUUAAUGAAUUAAUGGUUCAAUCUAGAGAAGAGAUAUUUUUGGUUUUAGGAUCGAAACCAAUUUGUGAUACCAACCAACGUAUCCAAAGUUAUUGUUGUGUAUUGAUUAGAGUAAUGACCAAUAAUUUGUCUACAGACAUGAUUGUUGAUAAUGUUUUUGAUAGAUUAUCUUGUUGGAUUCUGAAAUUUCUUCAAUCACCAAAAUUAAAUGUCGUUGGAAAUGCAUUACAAUCAUUGACAGCAUUUGUAAAAACUGGAAAAAUUCAAACUAGACUUAAUAUAAAGUCUUUUGGUCAGAUGAUGGAUGUUUUCAAAGCAUCUAGUGUAAUUAAAAUAGACCAUUCAUCAUCAUUUUCAAUUUAUUUACCAACGAUUAUAAAAAAGAUUGUCAAUACAUUAGUAGAAACCAAUCAAGAAAACCAAACUACUUUAUCGUCGCGCCAAAAAGCCGAAAAGGGAAUUCUAUCAGCACUACUAGCCCUGAAUGGAAUCAUGUUUAAAUCAAAUGACACUGAAUUUCACACAAUUUACGACAAGGUUUAUGACCCAUUUGCACCAUUUGUACAUCACUUGGUAAAUCCUCUUUGCAACUUGCUCAAGUAUGGAUUCGACACCAAUAUUCAAAUCCAAUCCCUUGCCAGUUUACCCGCUUGUCUCAUGCUGGUACAGGUUCGUUUUGGUGAGCAUACCCAAGAGACACAUCAGAUAUUUGAAAAGAUGCUCGAUUCGGUGGUGAUAUCGUGUUUGGCCGAGCCUAGUCUUAAGGUCUUGGCGAAACGUGCCGAUAUUGGAUCUAACCUCAUCCAAGUGAUGGGAAAAGAUGCAAUGACAUUGACUCAAGUGAGCUCAGUGCUCGACACAUUUUACAAGGUAGAAAAAAAGAUGCACGACAUUACAGAGGAGAUGCUACAAGGUGACCCAGAUGUAGUGGCUUACAACCACAGCAUGCAAACGCUCUAUUUAAGAGAACAUGCUUUAGCAAGCACCUAUCAGAUGGUCGGUCAGAUGAUCAUAGAAAACGGUACCUUGACAGUACCUCUUAUUACCUCUGCCUCUGAUCUCUUGGACAGGAUCUGCCAAAAGUUGCGUGACAGAGCCGAGGGUGAUAUUACCAAAGAGAGUGCUCUCUACCUAUUGAUGCAGUACUGUGAGUUUGGGGGUGAGGUUGCUAUCAAUGCAUUUGGACGCAUCAUACCUACCAUUGUUGAGUGUUUACCACUCUCUGGAGACAAGGUGCGUCGAAAUGCCUCCAUGGCUCUGGGUGAGGCUGCCAGACUUGCCAAAGAUAGGUUCUCCCCAUGGCUGGCAAUGGCGUUACAAGCAUUGGAUACCAUGGUAUCUGCACAAGACGCAUAUUUUAGCAAAUAUAAAGAUGCAACAGAAAAUGCCGUCUUGGCUAUUGGUAGAAUCAUCGAACAUGUUCCACAGGUUGUCAACAGUGCCAGUGUCAUCAUUCCAAAAUGGUUAAAGCAUUUUCCAAACAAUCAUAUGGAAGAAGUCACCGUCUAUACCAACCUUUUUGCUAUCGUCCGUCUCUAUACUAAUGAAUGUUUGGGUCAAGACUACCAACACGUUGCACAAUUUUAUAAAAUCAUCUCUCACUAUAGAAAACUCAAUCAAGAGAGCAAAUGGCUCAAUCAACUCUGGUCAUUUAUCAAAGAUUCUUUUAAAUCAAAUUGGGAAACUAUUCCUUUAGAUAAAAGGGAUGAUUUAUCUUUUUUUUAUCAUCAAAAAUAA